UCCUCCUCCUGUCAUCAUACCGCACAAGUAAAGGUGCAAAACACACCCUCCCUCCGGGCCCAAAGAAGCUCCCCAUCAUAGGGAACUUGCACCAAGUACUUGGUCCUCAUCCUCAUCAAAUCUUCUAUAACCUCUCUCAGAAGCAUGGCCCGCUCAUGUUUCUGCAGCUAGGCAGCAUCCCUUCGGUCGUUGUUUCGUCUUCCGAGAUGGCGAGAGAAGUUCUGAAAACCCACGAUCUCGAUCUCUGCUCACGGCCGCGGCUCGUGGCGACAGACAGAUACAGUUACAAUUCCGUGGACGUGAGCUUCUCGCCCUACGGAGAAUACUGGAGAGAGAUGAGGAAGCUGUUCACCGUCGAACUCUUCGGGGCCAAGAGGGCACCAAUCUUUCGCGCCAUAAGAGAGGAUGAGAUGUCGAAGAUGAUCGAAGCAAUCUCGCGUUCGUCGCCGUCGUCGUCGUCGUCGUCGUCUGCUCCGAUUAAUCUGAGUAAGACGAUGGUUGAUCUCGCGAAUAACAUAAUAUGCAGGGUUGCGCUCGGAAAGAAGUAUCAAGAGCGGGAGGCUGAGGACGGUAAGCUGCAAAAGAUCUUCAACGAGCUGCAGGUCAUGUUGUGCUCGUUUUACGUCGAGGACUACUUUCCGUCGAUGGGAUGGAUCGACAAGCUUCGCGGACUCAUUAGUAGGCUCGAGAGGAAUGUGAGAGAGCUAGAUGCCUUCUAUGAGCAGCUCAUCCUUGAGCACGUCGGUCGCGAGAGAACGGCGAGAUCGGAUCAGGAAGAUGUAGUCGACGCAUUGCUUCGGCUCUCGAGGGAUAACAAAGAACACCUGACAAACGACAACAUUAAGGCGUUGAUUUCGGAUAUUUUCGUUGCUGGAACCGAAACAGCCGCCGCAGCCAUGACGUGGGCAGUGGCGGAACUUAUAAAGAACCCAGAACUCAUGAAGAAGGCGCAAAAUGAAGUAAGAACCGUCGUAGGACCGAAAGGAAAGGUGGAAGAAGACGAUCUGCCGCAACUGCCGUAUCUGAAAUCAGUGAUCAAGGAAACAUUCAGACUCCACCCGCCGGUCCCGCUACUACUCAUACACGAAGCGAUCCGACAUUGCUCGAUCGGCGGAUACGAUGUGCUGCCGCGCAUGAGGGUGUACGUCAAUGCAUGGGCAAUAGGAAGAGACCCCGGCACAUGGAAGGACCCUGAAGUGUUCAAUCCUGAGAGGUUCACGGGCAGCGCGAUAGAUUACAAAGGCCAUGAUUUUGAGCUGAUACCGUUCGGGUCCGGUCGGAGGAUUUGUCCGGGGAUGGGUGUCGGGUCUACGUCGGUCGAGCUCGCGGUCGCAAACUUGGUUUACUCUUUUGAUUGGGAGCUUCCGGAGGGAAUGAGGAGAGAGGAGAUGGACAUGGAAGAGCUGCCAGGCAUGACCAUGCACAAGAGGUCUGGUCUUCAGCUUGUGGCCAUGCAGCAUCAUCAUACUGCUUAGAAAAGCUGCCAUUGUGAGGCUGUUUUAUGUUAACUUUAUUAGUACUCGGGCAUAUGCAGGUUGAUGAUAAAAUUAAAAUAAGUUUCUCUUGAAUAGUCAGUCUCCUGUGUAACAAUAUUACCUGUAGUAGUGUCAAAUAAAGGGUUUGCACAACUUCUUUCUGAUAAUAGCUAACUGAACACCUACUGAGA